GUUUUGCUUCUUCUCUCUGCAAAAAUCCUCCAUCCGCUUCCUCACGAAAAACCCUAGCACAGCUCCGAGAUCCCUUUUGUCGCCAUGGGAGACUCCGGCGAUCCUUUCUUGCGUAAUCCAAACGCCGCUGUUCAAGCUCGCGCUAAAGUUCAGAACAGAGCCAAUGUUCUUCAGCUUAAGCUGAUGGGUCAGAGCCACCCUACUGGCUUAACAAACAAUCUCUUGAAGCUUUUUGAGCCACGUCCGCCAUUGGAGUACAAACCACCACCAGAGAAGAGAAAGUGCCCGCCUUAUACAGGUAUGGCUCAGUUUGUAAGUAACUUUGCUGAGCCUGGGGAUCCAGAAUACGCUCCACCUAAGCCAGAAGUUGAAUUACCUUCGCAGAAAAGGGAAAGAAUUCAUAAAUUGCGACUGGAGAAAGGUGUUGAAAAGGCUGCUGAGGACUUAAAGAAAUAUGACCCCAAUAAUGAUCCAAAUGCUACUGGAGAUCCAUACAAGACAUUGUUCGUUUCAAGACUUAACUACGAAUCCUCAGAGAGUAAGAUUAAAAGGGAGUUUGAAUCUUAUGGACCAAUUAAACGGGUAGGUUAUUCUGAGCAUUCCCUUGCUGGUUCGGUAAGAAUUUGUGUAAUGGCUUCCCUCUCUAGAGCUCUUUGCUCAAUUUGUUUUAUUUUAUCUACAAAAGUCUUCCAAGGUUAGAAUUUUUCAGUCCCUUAUAAAUUUGCAUCUUUUCUGCUAGACCAAAAGGCCAUUCUACAUUUGCUUUGUUUUGCAUGCCUUCUUUAGACUGUGUAAAGCCAUCAAGUCUCUUAGACCUUUCUCAAUAACUGAAUAUAUAGAUGCAUAAGUGCUUCUCAUAUAAUGACACAGCUCCUCUCUCCAUGGUGUUUGUUUGAGAUGUUUUCGGUAAAUUUGGCCUGGUAUUUUUAUUUCCUUGUCCCUUCAGAGAGCAAAUACUUUUACAAUGAUAUAUCAUAUAGUGGUUAUAGGCACACGGUUUACCUAAUCAAUUAGUUGUUUUCUGAAUCUAUAAUGAGCUCAACUCAUCCUGCUGGUAAGCAACUUAUAAAAUAUUAUCUGCCCAUAUCCCAAAGCCAUUCAAAUGCUUUAUUUUCAAGCAACCAAGGUUGGAUUAUCGAAAACCCUUCUCUCUUUUCCUAUCUUAACAUCUAUAUAUAUUCAGUAUCUGGGACUUGGGCUACUAUGAAGGUGAUCUGGUUCACUUUUUAAUACAUUUUUAGUUAUCUAAGUUUCUAUACCCUGGUAAGGGGUGGUUUAUUAGACUCUUCAAAAAUGGUAAUUUUGCUGCAAUACAUCCAUUUUUCUGCCAAUUCUUGAUGUGGGUGGUGACAUUCUCGGAUUUGGACACAACAUAAAGGUUGCCUGCCUUAUAGAGCUGCAUGUUUGUUUGAUAUGAAACACUUUUAUCUUGAAUCUGAUUUUGUUCUCACAGAUUUGAUUUGUUAAUUGUCUUCUUCUGAAACUUCUCAGGUUCAUUUGGUGACUGAUCAGCUGACCAAUAAACCCAAAGGAUAUGCUUUCAUUGAGUACAUGCACACCCGUGACAUGAAAGCUGCAUAUAAGCAAGCUGAUGGACAAAAGAUUGACGGCAGAAGAGUUUUGGUUGAUGUGGAGAGAGGUAGAACCGUCCCAAACUGGCGUCCACGCAGGCUUGGUGGUGGACUUGGGACCUCAAGAGUGGGUGGUGGUGAAGAAAUUGUUGGGGAACAACAACCGCAAGGAAGAACCUCCCAGUCAGAGGAGCCAUCGAGACCACGGGAAGAGCGUGAGAAAUCUCGGGAAAAGGGAAAAGAAAGGGAAAGGUCUCGUGAGCUGUCUCACGAACAACCUCGAGAGAGGUCUCGUGACAGACCGAGAGAGGAUAAGCACCACAGAGACCGAGACCAAGGAGGCAGAGACAGGGAUAGGGACAGCAGACGUGAUCGUGACCGGACCCGUGACAGAGGAGACAGAGACCGCCGUGACCGUGACAGGGGACGGGAUCGUACUUCAAGGGAUCAUGACCGAGACCGCAGUAGAAAGAAGGAGCGGGAUUAUGAAGGAGGUGAAUAUGAGCAUGAGGGUGGUGGUCGGUCCCGUGAGAGAGAUGCAGAGUACCGUGGCGAGCCAGAAGAAACUCGUGGCUACUAUGAAGACGAUCAAGGGGACACAGACCGGUACAGUCAUCGCUACGAUAAAAUGGAGGAAGAUGACUUCAGAUAUGAACGUGAGUACAAGCGGUCUAAGAGAUCAGAAUCGCGAGAGUAUGUUCGUUGAUGUUUCAUUCGGCUGUUUAAAACUCUAAAAACUUAAGAAUCCUUUUUGUUUAUUCUAAAUCAAAACUUGAUGCAAUUCUGUUUGUUACCUCUGAACUUGAUUGCUAUUUUUUCUCUUUUGAAGUUUGUCAUAUUAUUAAUCAAAAUC